AUGACGAGUACAGUUAUCAUUGACGAUGCUUCGCCUCAAAUCCAAUAUUUCUCCUUGCCGAAAAAUGGAGGCGGAGGGUGGACGACUUUCAUGAAUGACAGUGUGCAAGGUCACUUUUAUGGGCAGACUCGUCAUCUAUCCACUGGCUUGGGCGACUACCUAUCCUUGACGUUCCGCGGAUCUGGAGUAUCGGCCAUCGGACCAUACAAUGAGAAUCACGGGAACUACACGGUGACAAUCGACGACAAGAGCAUCGGGCAGUUUUCCGGCGUGGCAGAUUGGCAGAUGACCAAUCUGUUACCAGAUAUCACGGAUCUCGACCCGAUGGUAGAUCAUACACUGGUCAUCACGAAUGCUGGAAAUCCUGGCAAGCCGAAUAGUGUGUAUCUCAGCUUUGACUACAUUCAAGUCACCUAUCCUCUCCCUUCCCAAGAGUAUACCAGCGCCGUCGAUGAUACGUCUUCCGCCUUCGCAUUCGACACGGGUUGGACUUCAAAGAAUGACAGUUCAGGAAUAUGCUUCACGGGCUAUGCGGUUCAGCUCUUCGGCACAGUGACUCAGGGGAGCGGCAACUACACCGUGUCCCUAGACAGCGGAGAAGAGCAGCAAUUCAACUCAAAUGAUCCCGUAAAUACCCUACGCCGAGUUCCGAUCUACACAGCUCUUGGUCUUGAGCAAGGUCCACAUACCUUGACGCUUCGGAACGUACCCACAAAUCAGGGUGAUCACUGCAACAUCGAUUACGCGGUUGUCAACUCGACCGUGGAGGCUGAGUCUUCAUCGCUCAGACCUACCACAUCUGUUGGGGGCAAUAUCGAGAAUGCCGUGUCAAGCAGCUCAAAUCCAGUCUCCAGAACUGCCAGCCCCAUUGCCGCGGUCGGAGGACCGCGUUUACCCACCGGUAUGAACAUCAGUGGCGCCAUAUCCAUCUUCGGCCCCAGUCCUUCUCUCCCAUCUCCCUCACAUCAGCAGAGCGCUGUGACGAUCUCCACUACCGAUACCGGAUCUUCUUCCGAUGAUCACAACGAACGAGACGUAUCGACCGGGACUGUGGCAGGAAUAUGCUCUGUUCUCACCAUUGCCCUGAUAGCGGUGAUGAUCGGGUUUUGCGUUUGGAGGAAGAAGCGUUUGAGAGGGGAGGAUGACGAGUCUGACUUUGAUGAUCAAGAGCUGAUGAUAGAGUACGAGGCUCCGACUGCUAGAAGUCUGAUCAUCUCGUGGUUCCAUCGCAGGAGAGAUACCAUGGGACGGUUGUAA